AUGUCUUCAACCGCCUCUAGAGAACAAGCUACGGCUGCUGUUAAUAGUGUGCUAUCAUGGAUGCUUCCAGGAAGCCCAAGAGUUGAUGACAACACAAGAAGCUCGCUAAAAAACCGGUCCAAAAAAGGAUCGAAGGCUCAACUUAUCAAUCAGAACUUGAAAAAAGCUGUCAGAGUACGAGAGAGAGACGCACAAGGCAUCAAGAAACGAGAGAUGAAGGCUAGAAAGAAGCAAAUCAGGGCAAAACAAGUGCUUGAGGAUGAGGCUGAACAAAGGGCCAAACUGGAGGUUUUGCAGAAGCACCGAGAAGAAGGCACGCUCACUCAAAAAGAACGUAAGUUUUUGAAUAAGGUUAUAGCCAGAAAUGUUCGCGAUUUCAAAAGUUGGGACUCGCAAGACGACGAUUUGCGCGAUCUGCAAGAUGCUGUCCUUGAAUACCACCAUUCCCAUGGCAGUAGAGCCAUCGGUGGAAAGAGCAAGAAGAAGAGAGGCUUCGUGGAAGAGUCGCCUGCGUCUGCUCGCACUGCAGACCAUCGUUACCCUGGCCUCACCCCCGGUCUUGCACCUGUCGGUCUCAGCGAUGAAGAGGAGUCCGACGGCGAAUAG